AUGGGACCCCGGCGUUCAGCGUGGAUCCUGAGGGUGCAGUGUCAGGAAGGUGAAGCUUCUCACCCGGAGCAGGAGAGAAGGAAGCGCUGGGCUGAGCUUUUUGACCAGCUGGACGUCAACAAAGAUGGACACAUCGACAUCCUGGAGCUGCGGGCGGGGCUGGCAGGACGAGGGCUCUCCAAAGGCUCCCUGGAGAGAUUUGUGGAGGCCGGGGACACCAACAACGACGGUGUCCUGGACUUCGACGAGUUCAUCCAGUACCUUCGGAACCAUGAGAAACAGCUUAAAGUCAUGUUUCGCCGGGUGGACAGAAACAAUGACGGUCAGAUCGACGUGGCAGAGAUCCGGGACGUUCUGCACACCAUCGGCGUGAACAUCAGCCUUGAAGAUGCCACCAGGAUCCUGCUAAGUAUGGACAGGGAUGGCACCAUGACAAUUGACUGGAAUGAGUGGCGUGACCACUUCCUGUUCAACCCCCUGGAGAACAUGGAGGACGUGGCUCGCUUCUGGAAGCGCUCAAUGAUAUUGGACACAGGCGAGCAGAUGACAGUCCCAGAGGAGUUUUCAGAAGAAGAGAAGAAGUCUGGCUAUGUGUGGCGCCAGCUUAUGGCUGGAGUUAUGGCUGGAUCUGUAUCCCGAACUGGAACCGCUCCACUGGAACGUCUCAAAGUCUUAAGACAGGUACACGGCUCCUCUGAUUUUAAAGGGAAUGUUCUGAGCGGGUUUCGGUACAUGCUGAAAGAGGGAGGACCGAGGUCCCUGUGGAGAGGCAAUGGAGUCAAUGUCCUGAAAAUCGCUCCUGAGACCGUCAUCAAAUUCACCGCUUAUGAACAGAUCAAGAGUAUGAUGCGAGGCCGUGAUGAAACCAGAACUAUGAAGGUUCAUGAGAGGUUCGUGGCCGGCUCUUUGGCUGGAGCAACAGCUCAGACAGCCAUUUACCCGAUGGAGGUGUUGAAGACCCGUCUGAAUCUCAGAAAAACGGGUCAGUACUCAGGAAUAACGGACUGUGCCAAGCAGAUCCUGCAGCGGGAAGGCGCCGCGGCCUUCUACAAGGGUUACGUCCCCAACUUGCUGAGCAUCGUCCCCUAUGCCGGUAUUGACCUGGCAGUGUACGAGACACUAAAGCUUGCGUGGCUGAGCAGGAACAGAGGCUUGCCCGACCCAGGGGUGAUGGUGUUGGUGGGAUGCGGCGCAGCCUCCAGCACCUGUGGGAUGCUUGCCAGUUACCCGUUGGCGCUGAUCCGCACGCGCAUGCAAGCACAAGCUUCAGUGAAAGGAGCACCCAAACUUUCAAUGCUGUCCUUGCUCCACAACAUUAUUACGCAGGAGGGCGUCGGCGGACUCUACCGAGGAAUCUCCCCCAACCUGCUGAAAAUCGUCCCCGCCGUCAGCUUGUCCUAUGUGGUCUACGAGUACAUGAGAAUGAUGCUAGGAGUGGACAUCGAGGGUAUGAAGGGAGGCAAGGGGAAAGGGUAGAGGGAAAGGACUUGUGGUUUGCAGUGAGUGUUUACCUGCGAGCACGUGCAGAUGUGUGGUGAGAGCAUGAAAAAAAAAACAGUUUUAAGACGGUUUGUCUUGCUUUCAUGUCCACCAGCUGGUCUUGGAGAAGAAAUGAGACUAUUGUAAUGCCAGAUCAAAAACAAGCAGGCGUAUUUUUAGCUUAUUGUAAGAAAACAGAGGUAUUUUAGAUUUAGGCAGCAUCCAGGUUAACAUGAAGAAAAAAAAAAAAAAAAAAGUCUGACCUAACCCGACUGCAAUAAAGAAAAACAUAUGCAAACCCAUCGACUGAAGAAAACAGGUUAACCUCUUGUUACAGUUUUAGACAAAAUGUCACUAAAAAUGUCAGAAAAAUGCAGUGCACUGCAAAAGUAUUCCCAUUUGAACUUUUUCACAUUUAGUCGUUAUAAGCAAAAACUGUAAUAUAUUUUAUAAGGGUUUAAUGUGAUAUAUUAACACUGCAAAAUUGUGAAGUGGAAGUAAAAUGAUGCAUGGUUUAAAAAUUUAACGUAAUGAGAGCAUAUUUUUGUUCAGCCUUCUUUACCUUUGAUCCCCCUAAAUAAAAUCCAAUGCAACCAAACACCUUUAGAAGGAGCCUAGUUGGUAAAUCGAGUCUACCUGUGUUUAAUUUGAUCUCAGUAUAAAUCCAGCUGAUCUAUGAGGGCCUCAGAGGUUUGUUAGAGAACAUCGGUGAAAAAAGGGCCCCACGAAAACCAAGGAUCACAGCAGACAGGUCUGUGGAUACGUUUUGGCGAGGAUAAUUGUUGACAAAAUCUAGUAAGAUGUCUGUUUAAAGCCAGGGAGAGCGAUUUUUCCAGAAGUUUCCCCAAGUCCCUUUUGGAAUAGCUGCGCAUUCACAAGACCGUCUUACCUUGCUCUACCGCUCUUCAGGAGUUUCCCAGUGAAAAAAAAAAUCUCCCAAAUCUACUCUGGUCUUAUUUCUUUCUACUGAGGCCUUGCUCUUCUUCUCAUAAACAUGAGCGAGAUUUGCUUCUUGCCAUGUUGAAAGUAUACAGUGAGAGCAGAAGAGCUACAAUGAAUGGCUAACCGCUAAGCUAACCGCUAAUCUAGCCGCUAAGCUAACCAGAUACAUAAACACAAGAAGUGCGAAUGAACAGCCAGCAAGAAAACUAGCACUGCACAGAACUCUAAACACACCAUCCGGACUGUGAAACAUGGUGGUGGCAGCAUCAUGCUGUGGGGAUGCUUUUCUUCAGCAGGGAUAGGGAAGCUGGUCAGAGUUGAUUGGAAGAUGGAUGAAGCUGAAAAUUCUUGUGGAAAACAUAGAGGCUCCAAAUGACUGGAGACUGAGGUGCAGUUUUACCUUCAGCAGUAGAGCGACCCCAAACACACAGCCAGAGGCACGAUGGGGUGGUUUAGAUCAAAGCAUGUUCAUGUGUUAGAAUGGCCUAGUCAAAGUCCAGGAUUAAACUCAGUUUAGAAUCUGUGACAAGGCUUUAAAAUGUAUGUGGACAAUUGCUCCCCAUUAUAUCUGACUGAGAUUGAGCAAUUUUCUAGGAACAUUAGGAAAGAAGUCAGUCUCUAGAUGUCCAGUGCUGA